AUGAGUGAGAUCAGUGAGAAGCUGAAGGGAUUGAAGUUUAUGCAAAAAGCGCAUAAAAAAAAGGAUGAGGAGCGUGAGAUUUCGUUUUCAACGCACUUUUGCAAGGGAGGAGUCUUGAGCUAUAAUGGAAGCAAGCAGAAGAUGAGUGAUGGUGAUGGACAGAAGAAACCAAAGAAUCAUUGA